AUGGGCACUCAACCAGCGAGGCGUCCUUCGAACCCACCAUCACAGCCGCACAAUUCUUCUCCGUCUACCUCUACUCCCGGCAGCCGAAGACAAGACGCACAUGGACACCACAAAGCUGGUGUUUCAUUGCCAUCAACCAGCCCUUCUGCUAUCGACUCGAUGACGGCUGUCUUCGAUGAGGGAUCUAGCACUGGAGAGUUCUUUGGUAAAAGUAGCGCUGGUUCUUUUACAGCCCAGAUCAAGAAAGCCAUCGAUGUGAGACUAGGGAGGCCUGCAACAAACUCACAAGAUAACCCAUCAUGUGUUUCUCGAUCAGCUGGCGGUAUCGAUUCUACUACCUCGGCGUCGUUUCCAGCAUUCCCAUACGUUCUUCCCCCGCGUAGGCAAGCGGAUCACCUCAUGGAGCUCUACUGGUUCUACGUCGACCCAUUGUAUCCCUUCCUUGAUAGGACGCGUUGGAACAGAGCAUACGAUGCCAUCUUCGCUGGAACGGCAAUGGACUUGGACGAGCGCAUCUUUAUGGCUACCCUCAACGUAAUACUAGCCCUCUCGACACAGCUUCUUGAGUCACAAUCUUUAGAUCAACGUGAGCAAUCGAGUGAGACAUUCUUCCGUCGAGCACAGGAGUUACUGCCAAUGAAUCCUUGGGAACCUGGUUCUCUGGAACUGGUACAAUGCCUCUUGGUGACGAGCCAGUAUCUUCAAAGUACUUACAAUCCCCAUCAAACCUGGAUGGUGAUUGGGUCAGCUAUCAGGAUGGCUCAGGGCUUGGGCUUGCAUUUACCUGAGACAUCCUCAAGUCGAUCAGAUCUUGGAGAACGGGAGUUGCUGAGACGGAUUUGGUACGGCUGUGUUCUCAUGGACCGGAUGGUAUCUGUUACCCAUGGUCGCCCUGCCAUGAUCUCACAACAUCUCGCAAAAUCUGUCCCACUCCCAACAGAAUCAACCACGAAUGAGCCAUGCAAAAUACAGAAUCCAGAAUACUACAGCUUUUUCGUGCGGUCAGUUCGCCUAUACGAGAUAAUUCACAAGACUAUGAUGGCAUUCUAUAGUCAUAUACAGGACAGCCGAUCUAAAGAGAAAGAGACACAUUCGGAUCCCGAGAGCUCAGACGGUGAAGAUGAUGAUCUCGAUAGGGUGGUCCAGCUUGAUCGAUGCAUCAGCAGAUGGGAGUCAAGACUGCCGAAUCAUCUAAGAUGGGACUUGCUCGAGUCAAACACAGACAAAAUAGCCCAACGACAGGCGGUUAUUCUGCGCAUGAGAUUCCUCCACGCACGGAUCCUGCUACUUAGACCGGUCUUGUCCCGGUUCUGCCUAUCGCCAUUCCCAUCGAAAAGGCCGCAAGCUGAAGACAACUUGCAAACACGUGUCAUCCAACAAAGUGCCAUGUUCUGCGUUGCCACGGCCCAGAAUAUGAUCAACACACUCGUCGCACAUCAAUCAAUGGACAGGACGGUCGGCCUUCUCCCAGCAUGGUGGUACCGAGUUUAUUAUGUCUACUCAGCUGCAACUGUCCUGAUCGCAGCCAAAUUGAGACCCGAUAUAUUUUCUGCUGCGGGAAUCGGACAAUCUUGGGGCCAGGCCAUCUCACUCCUCAAGACACAUGAACAAUUUGGGCAGUCAGCAAAGAGAUGCGUUACUGCUUUGCACAUUCUCUCGUCCAAGAUUUUACAGGCUACAUCUAGAGGUUCACUGGGACGUGAGGUUGUAAACAACAAUGGGAUACCAAACCUAGAUACACGAGACGACCAGAUAUCUCCACAUAUGGUACCCGACAUCGAAUCAAUUGAUCGUAUCCAGCAGAUGGUUCAGGGAUUUGAAUCACCAGUGCCUGAUUUCAACCCUCAGGACUUUGUAGAUUUUGACUUCAAUGUCAAUGACAUGUCUUGGUUGAACGAUAUCCAAGGAGUUUGGGAGCUUCUCAAUGAAUAG